AAAAACUAGAGUGUGUUCAUCAUUUUCUGCAGAGGUGGUUACAAAAAGUAUUGUCUGGCAAAAUUUAAAUGGGCAUUAAUGGCCUACGUCGAAUCGAUCUUGCAGAAAUGCACCUCCUUCCCCCAAAUCCGGCAGCUCCACGCCCACCUCCUCGUCACCGGCCUCUUCCGCCUCCACUACUCCCGCUCCAAGUUCAUCGACUUCUGCGCCACCUCCUCCGCCGCCACCCUGCCCUACAGCGCCGCCAUCUUCCGCUCCGUCCCCACCCCCCUGACCAACGACUGGAACGCCCUCAUCCGCGGCCACGCGCAGAGCCACCACCCCAUCAACGCAAUCACAUGUUACCUCCUCAUGUCGCGCGCCACCUGCAAAUCCGACGCCCUCACCUGCUCCUUCUUCCUCAAGGCCUGCGCCCGCGCAUUAGCCCCGAUCGAGUCCUUCCAGAUGCACGCACACGUGCUGAAAUUAGGGUUCGACGCGGAUGUUCUCCUGCAGACCACGCUGCUCGACGCCUACGCCAAAUUUGGGGAUUUGGAUAGCGCGUGCAAGGUGUUUGAUAAAAUGACUAAGAGGGAUAUCGCGAGCUGGAACGCCUUGAUCUCUGGGCUGGCGCAGGGGAAUCAGCCGCAUGAAGCGCUGAAGCUGUUUGAUAAGAUGACUCAAUCGAAUAUGAUGCCGAACGAGGUCACUGUCUUAGGCGCGCUGGCCGCGUGCGCUCAGCUUGGGGCCAUCGGAGAGGGAGAAAGAGUGUGUGAUUACAUAAAAAUUAACCGAUUUGAUGAGAAUGUGAUUGUGUGCAAUGCCGUGAUUGACAUGUACGCGAAAUGCGGGAUGGUAGAGAAGGCGUAUAGCGUCUUCGAGGGCAUGAGGUGUUGCAAAAGCAUAAUCACAUGGAACACGAUGAUCAUGGCGUUUGCAAUGGACGGCGACGGAGAGAAAGCAAUGGAGCUCUUGAGCCGCAUGGGCGGGGCAGGGGCGGCGCCGGAUGAUGUCACUUUCUUGGCAGCAUUGUGUGCCUGCAACCAUUCAGGGAUGGUGGAGGAAGGGCUGCGCCUCUUCGAAUCCAUGGAGGACCACGGCGUGAGGGGGAACAUGAAGCACUACGGGAGCGUGGUGGAUCUGCUGGGGCGAGCGGGGAGAUUGGAGAAGGCGUUCGACAUCGCCGAGUCCAUGCCCAUGCCACCGGAUGCCGUGCUGUGGCAGACCCUCCUAGGCGCUGCAAAGACGCACGGGAACGUGGAGAUGGCGGAGAUGGCAUCAAGGAGGCUCGCGGAGAUGGGGUCGAGCGCGUGUGGGGACUUUGUGCUGCUGUCGAACGUGUACGCUGCACAUUCGAGGUGGGGCGACGUGGGGAGGGUGAGGGAGGCGAUGAGGAAGAAGAAGGUCAAGAAGGUGCCCGGGUUCAGCUACAUUGAGAUGAAUGGUGCCAUAUUCCAGUUCUACAAUGGCGACAAAAGCCAUCCAAAUUGGAGAGAGAUAUAUGGGAAAGUGGAAGAGAUUACUUGUAGAAUUAGAGAAUUUGGGUAUGAGGCGGAAACUAACUAUGUGUUGCAUGAUAUAGAGAAUGAAGAGAAGGAGAAUGCGUUGUGUUAUCACAGUGAGAAAUUGGCUUUGGCCUUUGGUUUGAUCAGUGGAAAGGAGGGGAGUGUGAUUAGCAUUAAUAAGAAUCUUAGGAUAUGUGGGGAUUGCCAUGUGGUGAUGAAGCUUGUUUCCAAAUUGUAUGAUACAGAGAUUAUUGUGAGGGAUCGCACGAGAUUCCACAGAUUCAAGGAGGGCUCUUGUUCUUGUAAAGAUUUUUGGUGAGAUCAUAAAUUUCUUGAUAUAGUCAUAUUUGUUUGAGUGCAGUUGAUUCUGAGUGAUUAUGUAUGGCUGAGUUUUAUCCUCUCAAA